CGAGCGGACGCGUUUGGAAUGGGCUCCGUCGGAGCGGUAUCAGCGGCCGUUUCUGGCCGCGGAAACAGGGUGAUAGCUGCCUCGGAUAACGAGUAUCGCGUUGUUCUGCCUAGUCUGCCUUCAGGACGUCUGGUUUUGAAUACUGUUUUUGUGCACGCGGAUGUGAGGGCACGGCCCUACCGUGUAGAAGACUUCAGGGAUACGCUGAGUGAUUUGAAACUGCUCUCCGAGGUUACGGCCUUGGGGGCGUAUCAAAUGAAUCACGUUUGGGCCGUCACGUUCAAAUGUGCCGAAGGUGCGAAGAGGCUGCUGGAAAAAGCGGAAGUGAAAGUGAAGGGCCAGCGUUGCCUCCUCAUCGAUCCAUCGAACCAGGAGCUUCGGUUGAAGCUGCACUGGCUCCUGCCUACCGUACCGGACGACGACGUGCGAGCGGCCUUCCUGAACUAUGGCAGAGUGACGGACAUUAUCAAGGAACGGUGGAAGGUCAGUGGUGUGACUGACAAGGCGUCAACGACGCGAAAUGUGACGAUGACACUUAAGGCGGGAGUCAAGCCAGAAGAUUUACCCCAUCAAAUAAGGAUUGCUGGUGAGCUGGCUCUUGUGGUGGUGCCGGGAAGGGCACCGCUAUGCCUUCGUUGCCAGUGCACUGGACACAUUCGUCGGGACUGUAAGGUACCACGGUGCACGUUGUGUCAUCGCUUUGGACACAACGAGUCGGAAUGCGUGCGUACCUACGCCAGUGUUGCAGGGCCCGUGGGAAGCGACGACACUUCGGAGCUCCUAAUGGACGAAGCAGAUUCCGAGGCAGCAGCGAGAGUGGAGGCAGAAAGUGCCACGAUGGACAGCGUGCCAGCUGAGCAAAUCUCGGGUGAGAGUGCUCACGUAAAGUCGACGAACCUCAAAGCCGAAGAUACAUUGUUGGUGAAAAAUGAUUCCUCGGAAGCACUGCAGACGCAGGAGGACAAAAGCAACGUGACAGAAGAGGUCAACAGGGAAGUAGUGGAGGAAAUGGACAUUUCCAAGGAGGGCACCACGACGAAUAAGCGAUCACACGAAGGCGCCGAGGGAGAGAGCGAAUCUACCGACCCAAGCAGUCGCGAUGAACCUCCAGCAAAAGCAACCCCUGUACGUCGACCGACAGUGCGGCCACGGCCGAACAUCCCACAGGAUCGGAGGCUGACGGCGACGACGAAGCCGCCGCCACCGCCCCCGGUCACGUAGCAGUAAGCUGUGUAAGCCCCGACCUAUGUCGCGGGCCCCAAGGUCUUGUGUAGACAGGAGCAUAAGCCCAUACUCUGGGUCUCUAUUAUUAAUUAUUCAAAUGGCGCUGCCAGAUAAAUCCUUGCGAUUUGCUACAAUCAAUGUUCGAGGGCUUGCGGCGAGGAGAAAACAACGACAGUUGUAUAGACUGGUGAUCGAACAUGAUUUAGACAUCAUUGCCAUACAAGAAACCAAAAUUGGAAGUGAAGAUGAGACCAAGAGUAUGGUGCUACCUUUCAUGUCAAUGUACUACGCGGGUGUGAGUCACGCCAUAGGGCAAUCCGCGGGGUGCGUUCUUUUUGUGCGCCAACACCCAGGCCUUGAAGUGAGGGGCGUGAGGUCAGAUUUGGCGGGGCGCAUGGUUUUGUGUGAUUUUCGUUAUGGUUCAGUUGAAUGGCGAGUGAUAUGCCUUUAUGCUCCUAAUUUGCUCGACGAACGAAGACAUUUCUUCGAGAGUGUCAGAAAUUACUGCAACGUCGAAAGGAACCUGGUACUGAUGGGGGACUUUAAUUGUGUACUGGCAGCGCGUGAUAAAUCAAGUGGUACAGCGUAUAGAGACGCCAGCACGGCUGAGCUUCGCGAAUUAAUUGAUGAAUACGGGCUUGAGGACGUGGCGGACUGCUUGGAGUGCGACCGCAUUGUGCGCUUCACGCAUUUCCAAGCAGCCAGCCACGCCCGACUGGACAGAGUGUAUGUUCCGGCUGAAUUGAUAGCACUUGCGCAAGAAUAUCGUGUGCAAUCGGUGUCAUUCAGUGACCACUGUCUAGUCAUGUUCGAUGUUAAUAAGAAAGCGAAAAACCGAAAUAAGUUUGCGUGGGAAUUAUGGAAACUUAAUGCUAAAAUUUUGGAGGAUGAGGUUUACUGUGAGAAAGUGUUAGCCCUGCUAGAAGAGAUAAAGAACCAGACAAACACAACAAUAUGUGAGAAAUGGGAAACAUUUAAGCAAACAGCUAAAUUGAAGGCACUUGAACGAGCCAGCGCUUUAAAGCACGAAAAGAAUAAGUACGAGGAAAACCUGCGGCAAAGCUUGCAAAUGCUAACUUAUGAAGAAAGCCUAUCGCCUGGGACGUUCAAAGACGACAUUAACACACUGAAGCAAAAACUUGAGCAGGCUGAUAUCGAACGCUAUCGGGGGGCGUUGGUGCGAGCUAGAGUAGAAGCAACGAUAACAGGCGAGGCGCCAACUAAACGAGCCCUCGCAAAGGAAAAAAAGUGGGCCCGCCGGAACGAGAUUCACGAAGUGGAACAAGACGGUGUUAUCUUAUAUGAUCAGAGCGGCAUCGAACACGUGUUCACAGCGUUCUACAGAAAGCUGUUCGCGCGUUGCCCGGUGGACGCAGAGGGUUUCGAGACGGAAUUCAUGCCUUUAAUGCCAAAGAUUGACGAUAGCUCAAAGGAAAUGUUAGAGCGCCGUAUUACGGCCGAUGAGAUUGCGGUGGCGAUAGACGAUUUGAAACGUGGGAAAUCUCCCGGGCCCGACGGGCUAGGAGCCGAUUUUUAUAAGGCGUUCAAGUACGAAGUAGCCCCUAUACUGGCCGCAAUUUUAGACGAUGCAUAUGAGCGCAAACGACUACCACCUUCAUUCCUGUCCACACACACAGUUCUUAUCCCGAAAACAGAUGAUCGCGACACAUUAAAGCGGGUAACAGCAUAUCGCCCUAUCAGCUUA